AACCAACCGUUAGACCUAUAUAACAUGUGUUAAUUGUAAAGGCUAUUUACUAGCUUUCUUCAUCUGAUAUCUAAUGGAAAUGGAAAGCAUUAUUGAGUAUCUUGAAAAUAAAACUAUCUUAGUCACAGGAGCUACUGGAUUUCUGGCAAAAAUUUUAGUUGAGAAGAUACUAAGGAUACAACCAAACAUAAAUAAGCUCUUUCUUCUUAUAAGAGCUUCAGAUUCAAACUUAGCCAUGCAUCGGUUACACACGGAGGUACUCGACAAUGACCUAUUUAUGAACAUCAAAGAGGUACACAAGACAAAUUUUCAAAGAUUCAUAUCUGAAAAGGUUAUGCCUGUGGCUGGUGAUAUACGACUACAAAAUUUUGGAGUGACGAACAUUAGUUUGUUGAAUGAAAUGCGGGGACAAGUCAAUGUUGUUGUAAGCUCGGCUGCUACUACCAAGUUUGAUGAAAGAUAUGAUGUGGCAUUAGCAAUUAACACUCUCGGAGUUGAACAUCUUUCCUGCUUUGUUAAUGAAUGCCCCAACAUGAAAUUACUUCUUCAUGUAUCCACAGCUUUUGUCUCUGGAGAAAAGUCUGGAAUCAUAUUCGAGAUGCCAUUUAAAAUGGGUGAGACACUCAAUGACAACAAUAAUCUGGACAUUAGAGAAGAGAAGAGGUUAACACAAGAAAGACAAAGACAGCUCAUCAUUGAGAAAGCUAAUGAAGAAGCCAUGUCAUCUGCCAUGACGGAUCUUGGUAUUCAAAGGGCAAAGUUGCAUGGAUGGCCAAAUGUCUAUGUAUUCACCAAGGCAAUGGGGGAGAUGCUAUUGAUCAAGCGAUUAAGACAAGAUGUGUCAUUAGUCAUACUACGUCCUACCAUCAUCGCUAGUACCUAUAAAGAACCAUUUCCUGGAUGGAUUGAAGGCGUUAAGACGAUGGAUAGCUUCAUUGCUGCAUAUGGUAAAGGCAGGACUUCUUGCUUUCUGGCUCAUCCCGACAAAGUACUUGACAUAAUUCCAGCAGACAUGGUGAUUAAUGUUAUGAUCACAGCAAUGGGUGCCCACAUAAAUAAACCAGUCUCGAUGACUAUUUAUCAUGUUGGAUCAUCUAUGUCAAACCCAUUAAAAAUUUCUACAUUUAAGAAUUGUGUAAUUGAAUACUUUGCUAAGCAUCCAUUAAAAAUCCAGCAAGGAAACCCCAUCAGAACAUCCAAAACAAUUACGUUGUUGAGUUCCAUGAGCAUCUUUAACAGAUAUAUGGUGAUACGUUACGUGAUUCCCUUAAAGGUAUUUAAAUAUGUAAACAUUGUACUAGGUAGGGCUUUCAAUGCAUGGUAUCUCGACGCAGAACGAAAAAUCAAUAUCAUAUUCCGCUUAGCAAGUCUUUAUAAACCAUACGUUCUUAUCAACACAAUGUAUGAUGAUACAAACCUCAACAAGUUGCAUGGAAUAUCUGAGAUAAAGACAUUUUUCUUUGAUGUGAAAUCUCUUAAUUGGGAAGACUUCUUCAUGAAUAUACAUAUCCCCGGGUUGGUGAAAUAUGCAUUAAGAAAAUAAUCACACUUAAGUAACUAACCAUUAAAAUUAUGUUUAUUAUUGUAAGGAAUUAUGUAACCUAAUCAUGUUUGUAUGAAUUUAACUUGUAAUAAUAUUGGGGAUUCUUAAAUAUGUUUAUGGUAAAUAUUCAAAAAUAUCUUAAUGCUCAA